AAUGAGUGUCACUUUUCAGAUAAUAGUUCUCAGUUGCUACCUUCUGCCAUUGUACUUGUUGUAGUUGGCUCAAGAGUUUACCUCAUUAAAUAUCUCUCUCUCUCUCUUCUUUCUCUCUCUUGAAUUUCAUCUUCCCAUUAUUUCUACUGUUAUUGAAUUUAUCAAGUUGUGGUUGAACUUGUAUAUAUUCAAAAUUAUAGUUCUGUACAAGAAAAUUCUUGUACCCAAUCAUGGACCCUGCAGAGGGGAAAGCUUUUACCAAAGAAAGUGAAGAGGGCUUCUCCAAAAACGACUGCGCUGUUAAUUUAUCUCCUCCUCCUUCUCUUGCACAUAAGGCUGGAGAAUUAAGUGAAAUCGUAGUCGAGGAAUCAUCGAGCAGUCAGCAACAGCUGAGGCAAGAACUUGUUCUGAAUAUACCCAAAUCAACAAAUACAAUCGAAGAAUCAAUCGAAGAUUACGUGGCAGUAAACACUCCCCCUUCGACAUUUCCAACUCCCAAAAGAGUCAAUUUUUCCCCAUUACCAAGCCCUAAUCGAGCAAGACUCGAUGGUUCUCCAGGUCCUUCAACUUCCAAAGGAAAAUCAGCCAUGAAAAAUUUCCUCCCAAAACUCAGCUUCAAGUUUCGAAAUUCAAAUUCGGAUAUAGAAAAAGCUGCCAUGCUGGCACUCGGAGUUUCUCCUGAGAUUAGGGGGAAGCCCUCAAUUUCUAGAACAUUCUCUCUUACAAAGAUUUUCGCAACAAAGAUGAAGAGGACAUCUUCUUUACCAGCCACUCCGAUUUUGCACUCGAAUCCCGAGUCUGCUCAUGGAGGAAUCGUCAGCAAUGCACCUGAUGUGGCAAAAGGUGGGCCCCGUAUGUCAAUACAUCGUUCACGUUCAGUGCCCAUCCUGAAUGAAGAUGGAAGUAUGAAACAGAUGGAUUAUUUAGGCAGUGUGUAUCGAGUAAUUCCUGCUACACCGAGAGUGACAGAACAGGCUGCUGCAACAUCAAUUCCCAGUAGUAUUUCAAUUGAUACAGUUGAGGAGAAUAAUUAUACUGAAGAUAUACCGGAAGAAGAAGCGGUUUGUAGAAUAUGCUUUGUGGAACUUGGUGAAGGAUCGGACACUUUGAAGAUGGAGUGUAGCUGUAAAGGUGAACUCGCGUUAGCCCACCAAGAAUGUGCUAUUAAAUGGUUUAGCAUAAAAGGGAACAAGAAUUGUGAUAUCUGCAAACAAGAGGUUAAAAAUUUACCCGUCACACUUUUAAAAAUCCAAACUAUUCAAACUCAAGGACAAGGAACUCGUCCACAUGAAAUAGCUCGAUACAGGGUGUGGCAAGACGUUCCCAUUCUUGUGAUUGUUAGCAUGCUUGCAUACUUUUGUUUCUUGGAGCAGCUUUUGGUCAAGAAAAUGGGAUCUAGUGCAAUUGCAAUAUCUUUGCCAUUUUCGUGCAUAUUAGGUCUCCUUGCAUCUAUGACAUCAACUACCAUGGUACGGAGGAAAUACGCUUGGAUCUACGCCACUAUUCAAUUUGCACUAGUCGUUAUCUUUGCACAUAUUUUUUACUCGCUGCUACAUGUCCAAGCCGUUUUGUCGGUUCUUCUAGCAACGUUUGCUGGUUUUGGAGGUGCAAUGUGUGGAACAUCGAUUAUUUACGAGAUUUUAAAGUGGAGAAGAACAUUGAAUGCUUGGUCAACUUCCCAACGUGAUUCUGCACAACCAAACGAGGCAUUAGCUACUAGUGAUGCGGGGCAAGUGGAUUCACAAGUACAUCAUCAAGGUGAAACACGGAAUCCAGGAUCCGCACACACUAAUGUUUAAGGUAAAAUUAUUUUUGUUGGGAAAUUCAAACCAUCGUGUGGAGAAAUCGAGAUGUAAAAUCGUAAAUUGGCCUGGUGAAGAAGCUAUAUAAGUCUGUAAAUAUUAUGGCUUCGACAUUCUUUCUCGAUUGGUGGUGUUUUUUUUCCUUUUUCCUUUUUCUUCCUUGUGUUCCUUGUGUUUGAAGAGGGUGUGUUUGUAAGUAUAUUUAUGUCACAAAUUGUGUUUUUCUAUUCAGAAAACACAAAUACAAGUUAUAUGUACAUUGAUGAUCUACUACAA